AUGGCAGAUAGAGGUAGAGGUAGAAGUAGAGGUGGUGGUCGUAAAGCACCUCGUGGUCGAGGUCAUGGUGGUGUUGGCCUUCACAUUUCAAGCUCCGAGUCAUUGUUACCCACACAAAGAGACCCACUCCCUAUAGUUCAUGAAGAACCAAUUCCCACCUUCGUAGACGAAUCAAUUCCUAAUACUCAUUCUAGACAGGACACACCUUUAACAGAAGAAUGUUCAUUGACUCCACAAUACCCACCUCCUCCCAUUCCUGAGUCUGGGGAUUCAUCUGACCAAAGGUUUUGGCUAUCCUUGAAAGGCAAAGAAUUUGUUCUUGCAAAAGGCCCUGCUGAUGUCAUUUCAGGGAUCUUUAAACAAAAAUUUGAGGGAGCGUGGCCCACUUGGAAGGCUGUGGAUGAAUCAGUUCGGGACAUGUGGUUCGGAGAGUUUCAGAAAGAGUAUAAGUGGGAUCCACAACAUGAUCGGGCCAUAAGAAAGACUUUUGAGCAUAAAGGAUCAACUCUUCUGAAAAAUGCUAUGCAUAAGGUUAGACUAGGUGUCGAUAAGGGAAAUUGGAUCCCUGAAAAUGCUCGAGCUAUUUUGGAUCAACAUUGGGCUUCUGAAAAAUUCCAAAACAAAAGUAAUACUGCUAAAGGGAAUCGGGCUGUAGAGAAUGGAGCAACAGCUUACACUGGUGGCUCCAUAUCUGCAGGAGCCCACUUUGAAAAAUUGGCGAAGGAGCUAAAUCGUCCCCCUACUGCUUGGGAAUUAGUGGAAAAGACAAAAAAACUUAAGACUGGAGAAUGGGUCAGUGAUAAAGCCCGCAACAUUGCUGAGAAAUAUAAGGAGCAUCUAAUUGAAGUCAAGCAACAAGCUACACAGGAUGACACAGACGGCUCUGCUUCUACUUGUAUUAGUGAUAAUGAAGUUUAUUUGCAGGUGGUUAAAAAGAAUAAGAAGGGGAACUUGUAUGGGCUUGCUGGAUUGACCGAUGAUUUCAUUCGCUCAACACUUCCACAAUCUUCUACGUCACAACCAUCAGCAGUCACUGCAGGGGUGAUAGAAGAAAUGCAAAAGAGGAUAACUAAAUUAAAUGCUGAGCUUGCUGCAAAGGAAGCAAAGGAAAAAGCAUUGGAAGAACAUAUACGACAGCAUGAUGAGCAGAUGCAGUAUAUACUACGUCAUUUCAACAUUGACCCUUUAAGGCCAACCCCUCCUCCACCGAGUACUAUCCCAGAUGAUCCUGACCAUGGUGUUGAUGAUGCUCUUGAUGACAUAGCAGAAGAUCCUUAA